AUGAUUCGCAGACAAACGCGCCUUAGACGAGAGUAUUUGUAUCGAAAGUCUUUGGAAAAUAAAGAAAAACAAAUUUAUGAGAGAAAGCAAAAAAUAAAAGAAGCUAUUAAAGAAGGAAAGCGAAUACCAAGUGAAUUGCGUCAGGAAGCUGUAAAACUCCAAAAAGACCUCAAUUUCGAUGAAGCACAAACUGUUCCAUCUUCACAUAUUGAUGAUGAGUAUGCCCGAGCUGGAAUAUAUGAUCCCAAAGUGUUAAUUACGACUUCACGUGAUCCAAGCAGUAGACUCGCUCAAUUUGCAAAGGAAAUGCGGUUGAUUAUUCCAAAUUCACAACGUAUAAACCGCGGUAAUUAUGUUAUUAAAGACAUGGUCGACGCUUGCAGAGCCAAUGAAGUCACCGAUCUAAUAAUACUACAUGAACAUCGUGGCGAACCAGAUGGAAUGGUGAUAUGUCACUUUCCUUAUGGACCCACCGCGUAUUUUUCUCUUCAUAAUGUCGUUCUUCGUCAUGAUAUUCAAGAUGAAGGCACUGUUUCGCAAGUUACAAAUAUUCUUAAAUAUUUAUUUCCAGUUCCGAAGGAUGAUAGUAAAAGAGUAUUAACAUUUGCUAAUGAAAGCGAUUAUAUUUCUUUUCGACAUCAUGUGUAUGUGAAAAUCAAUAAUAAGGAAAUACAGCUUGCUGAAGUAGGCCCUCGAUUUGAAAUGAGAAUAUAUGAAAUUAAAUUGGGAACGGUGGAUCUGAAGGCCGCUGAUACUGAAUGGGUCUUACGGCCAUAUCAUCGAACAGCAAAAAAACGAGACCACUUAUAUGUCCGCAAAGACCGUUCUGAUAGUGGUUGUAUAAAAGCGCGUUUAUCUGUUCGUUAUGUUAAUUAA